AUGACAACCGCAGCCUACCCCCCCGGAGGAACCUUCCUCGACACCCUCAAACGCUCUUUCGUCGACGUCCCCAUCGACUCCGAGCAAAACGUAUCCACAACCGAAUUCUUGGAGGCAGCGGAGAGUUUAACGACGUUAUUCGAUGUUCUCGGAUCCGUGGCUUUUACACCUGUGAAGAGUGAUAUGUUGGGGAACGUCAAGAAAAUCCGGGAUAGACAACUUGCUGCUCCAGGAGAGUCGGGCACGCUUCAAUCACUCGUGAAAGCGGAAUUGGCGACGAAGAAACACGUCGCUACAGAAGGCCUUGUCUGGCUCGUUCGCGGACUCGAUUUCACCGCUCUCGCCCUAACCCAAAACCUCUCCACGCCCACCGAAGAGCUCUCGGCCUCCUUCCGCGCCGCCUACGGCGGGACCCUAAAACCGCACCACUCCUUCAUGGUGAAGCCCAUCUUCAGCGCCGCCAUGUCGGCAUGUCCUUAUCGAAAAGACUUUUACGUGAAAUUGGGCGAGGAUGAGGGGAAGGUUGCUGAGGGGCUGAAGAAGUGGUUGGAGGCGCUGCUGAAGGAGAUUGCGAUUUUGAAGACGUUUUUGGCGAGUAAGGAGGCGAAGUGGUAG